GUCGACGACGCUGUCAAUCAACACUACAAGUGACGUCCACGCGCACAGCUGACGCUCGUUAAAUCCGAACUGAGUGACGUCACGCGGGUCUUCACGCCGUCAACUGCUUCCGGGUUGACAUAUGCGUGUGUAUGUGUGUGUGUGUGGCGUGCUAGCAGGCUGCGGUAAGAGCUCGCUGCAGAAGCCAUGUUUUAGCAAUGAGCAUGGCCGACAAUCAUCUGGAAUACGCCUAUCUGCAAGGACAGUCCAUCGGGGAGCAUCUCGCCGAGGACCCGGAGCUGACAGCCAUCAAGGCCCGAGUUCAAGAGCUGGAGAUGGAAGAAGAGACUGAAAGAAUGAAGGAGGAGGGAGUUGAAGAAGAGGAGGACAGGUGUGAUGGUGAGGAGAUGCAGCUGCUGACCAGCAGCCCCCGGCCUGGCCCGUUCUACAACAUGACACCCGAGGAGAGGAUAGAUGCAGACAACAGGUCCAUCUAUGUAGGAAAUGUGGACUACGGAGCGACUGCAGAUGAGUUGGAAAUCCAUUUCAACGGCUGCGGCCCCGUCAACCGUGUCACCAUCCUCUGCGACAGGUUCUCCGGGCACCCCAAAGGGUUUGCCUACAUCGAGUUCUCUGAUCGCAACUCGGUGCAGAGUGCUGUUGCCCUGCAUGAGACUUUGUUCCGAGGAAGAAUUCUCAAGGUGUUGCCCAAAAGGACCAACAUGCCCGGCAUCAGCACCACUGACCGGGGAGGCCACAGAGGUGGCCACUCGAGAGGGAGAGGGCGAGGCUUCCAGCCCCCCAGGGGCCAGCAUGGCUCUCGAGGCAGGUUUCGCUACCAGUCCACGAGACCACAACACCAGAACCCCCACCCUUACUAUGGAGGCCCCCCGGUGGGCAAGAGACAGUGGGGCCACCCAGAUUAUCACGAACAGACGUCCAAACGCUACCCUUGUCUUCUCCUCAUCACCCCGCCGUCAGAGGAAAUGGGAGCCGGGGCCAGCGGACAGCAUUACCCGCAACAGCGCUAGAAAGCCGUCUCCCUGCUGCUUGUCUACAAAGUGGGUGUCUGAACUGGUUUUAAAAGGCGUUGUUGGAUCACUGGUUUGUCUGCAUCAGUCCUUCAGAUAGAUCGUUUUAAGCUUCUUGUGUAAAUGCACUUGCUUAUUCAUGCAGAUGUGUCAUCCAUCCAUUCUUUUUUUUUUUUUUUUUUUU